CGCUACCCGUAAACCCUACCUAGACAAAACCUGCAAACAAACACUUUCCCCAUCGCCACCGACUCUAUACAUCCCUCCCACCGUCAGUCACCGCGCAGCCGGCGAAGACCAGUGCCAGAAGUCCGACCUUCAAUGGCGGAAACAACGGAAAACCCAGAAAAACAGACUGAGCACAACCAAACAGAAGAAGAAGAAGAAGUAGAAGACCUGACCUUCGAAGAGCUCGGUCUGGACCCUCGUCUUACUCGCGCCCUCCUCAAGAAGCGAAUCCUCAAACCCACUCCCAUCCAGAGAGUCGCCAUUCCGCUUGUUCUCGAAGGCAAGGACGUGGUUGCUAGGGCGAAGACUGGUUCAGGAAAGACCUUCGCAUACCUCGUUCCGCUGCUUCAGAAGCUCUUCGCGGCUGAUUCUAGCUCCAGGAGUAAGCUAGCUCCAAGUGCUUUCGUUCUCGUCCCCACACGCGAACUCUGUCAACAAGUUUAUGGGGAAGUCUUGUCGCUCAUUGAAUUGUGCAGAGUUCAACUGAAAGUUGCUCAAUUGACGAGCAGUAUGUCUGCUUCUGAAUUGAGGAAUGCAUUGGUCGGGCCACCUGAUAUUCUGAUUUCGACCCCAGCUUGCAUUCCCAAGUGCAUGUCAGCUGGUGUUCUUCAAUCAACUUCUGUUAGCAGUUCCCUUGAGAUUCUUGUUCUUGACGAGGCGGAUCUUCUUUUGUCAUAUGGCUAUGAAGAUGAUAUAAAAGCAUUAACACCUCAUAUUCCUAAGAAUUGUCAGUGCCUGCUAAUGUCUGCUACUUCAAGCACUGAUGUUGAGAAACUGAAGAAGCUGAUACUUCAUAAUCCUUUCAUUUUGACUUUGCCUGAAGUGGGAGAUGUCAAGGAUGAUAUUAUCCCAAAAAAUGUUCAACAAUUUUGGAUAUCAUGCAGUGCUCGAGACAAGUUACUUUAUGUCCUCUCCCUCUUGAAGUUGGAGUUGGUUCAGAAGAAGGUUUUGAUAUUUACUAAUACAAUCGACAUGGGAUUCAGAUUGAGGUUGUUUUUAGAAAAGUUUGGAAUUAAAUCUGCUGUCCUAAAUGCCGAGCUGCCACAAAAUUCUCGUCUUCAUAUUCUUGAGGAAUUCAAUGCUGGGCUUUUUGAUUACUUGAUUGCAACUGAUGAUAGUGAAGUAAAAGAGAUGAAAGAUGUCAAUGGAGAGAGUAAUACUAAACAAAAGAAGUCUAGAAAGCAUGUCAAGCAAAAAUUGGACUCUGAAUUUGGUGUAGUGCGAGGACUUGACUUCAAAAAUGUGUAUACGGUCAUUAAUUUUGAAAUGCCUCGAAGCUCUGCGGGAUAUGUUCAUCGUAUUGGACGUACUGGAAGAGCAUUCAAUAGCGGCACCUCUAUCUCGCUUGUUUCUCUAGAAGAGAUGGAAAUUCUUGACGAAAUAAACUUCUUUUUAGGCAAUGAUGGAAACAAGGACGAAAAUGUGAUUGCCCCUUUUCCUUUACUUACGAAGAAUGCUGUGGAGUCGUUACGGUAUAGAGCUGAGGAUAUUGCAAAGAGUGUCACAAAAAUUGCUGUCCGAGAGUCACGAGCGCAGGAUUUAAGAAAUGAAAUUCUCAACUCUGAAAAGUUGAAGGCUCAUUUUGAAUCUAAUCCCGGGGAUUUAGAUUUGUUGAAGCACGAUAAGGUCCUAAGCAAGAAGCCCCCCGCCCCUCACCUACGCAAUGUUCCCGAGUACUUAGUGGACCCAACAACUCAAGAAGCAAGCAAGGUCGUUAAGCUUGCUAGAGCUGCCAUGGGAAAUACCAAUGCCAAUGGCCAUCGUGGAUCCAAAAAAACAUUCAGAAGAAAUAAAGAUCCUCUAAAGACUUUCUCUGCUGAGCAGGGACCUAAAAAAGGUCAUAGAGGGAUGAAGAGAGGAAGAAGCGGCAAUGACGUAAAAAAGGACAAAAAGAAGAGAUCUAUCUGAUUUAUUUAUUCAGCCAUUUCAAUUCUGCUUUUGUUUUUUUGGGGAUCAGUAUUGUUCCCUACAAUUUUGUAUGAAAUCAGUGUUUAUAAUUAGCAUCACCAGAAGCAUAAAACAAAGCUAAGAAGAUAAAUUUUGUUUAAUUACAAGAGCAUGUUGUGAUGUGUAGUCUACGACACCCAAGGCAAUUUCUUAGUA